AUGAAUAAUUGCCUCUAUAAUAUGUAUACAUGUAUGUGUGUGUGUGUAUUAAAAUUAGUCGGCUCACACCAAAUCUCACCAUCACCACCACCACAAGCACAGCCAACUCCAUCAUCACCAAUGUUCAAAAAGACGCGAAUCGCUUUGCUGGAGGAGGACAACAGUGUGAUAGAGGUAUUGCCAGGAUCUUCACUAAAAGAGGAUCAGCAAAAUCUGACGACGGCGUCCCAGGAGUUUCCAUCUUCACCUCCCUCUUCUCCUCCUCCUCCAGAACAACCAGCUAGACGUGAUAGCCAAUCCAACCAUUCUGUGCCUUCUCUACCUCCAGCCCCAUAUUCUCCAGCUUCAUCAUGCACGCAUCUGUCUAUUACACGAGCAAAUAUCGAUCCACUCUUUCGACCUCCAUCACCACCUCCACAGAUUCCUCCUCACCUCAAAGAUCUCCAAGUUUCUCCUGCUGCGUCAACGGAGACAUUUCGUGCCGAUUUCGAGACUCAAGAUGGUUCUAACUUACUACCUAGUGGUAAUGACGAUGAUCCCAUAAUCUCGGGAGAGUUUGUUUUAAUUCGCCAGACUAUUGAUGAUACAAAUUCACCAAAGGUUAAACAGGACACUGAAAUGAUGAUUCCUGUGCCUUUGCAUGCUACUGCAUGUCUUGGAGAUGGUCCUCUGAUAGGCCCUGGUGUUUGCCGAGUAACCACGGAGUGCAGACAGCAGACUUUACUCGAUGGACACUUUAAACUGAGACGGUCGGGUGCUAAUCGAAGUCGUGCUGAAAGACGUGUUCGAAAAAAGACAGAGGAAGAGGAGGGAAGUGAGAUGGUGCCUCCCGAACCUCCUCAGAGGACAACUUCUUUGAGAAGUAGUACUUCAACAUUGGCUAGCAUUGCAACCCUCAGGCCCCAACGAUCAGCCCAAAGUCCUACUACAUCAUUCAAGGAACUCCUUUCCGUCCCUUUAUACGUAGCCAAUCCACUAGCGGAGCAACCAAUAAUCGAUCCCUUCUCUGUACCUCCCUGCAUUACUUCUCAGUCUCUGAAUUUUACCUCCUCUGUUAACAAUAACCUUCCUCUAACUCCAAUCCCUGAGAUGUCCCAAGAGUUUUCUUUGCGGUCAUCUAUUGCAAGCACGGCGGCGACUGGUCCUAUUGGUAGUUCAAACGGUAGUAUUUCUCGAUCUGUCAAUAGGUGGACUCGAGAAACUCAACCGGUUCCCAUCCGUCCUCCAAGUUCUCUGCGAUCCUCCUUGGAGACUAAUGGUCUGGAUUUACUAACGGAGAUUAAUCAAGCCAGAUAUCCAAAUAGCCCAUCCAGUUUCGGCUCUUCUUCGCUUAAUGAGUUUCUCCGAUUGGAGGAACAGGAGAGUAUUUCAGAUGAGCUAGAAAAGCAGUUGAUGGAGGGACUGGAAGGUGAUCGAUCGUUGGUUGAGGCAGUGAUAGGAGAUAUGCGAACUGUCGAAGAGGGGGAGGAGGGAGUUGAUACAUCGAGCUUGUCCCGAUCCUUGGGUCCAUCAAUUCUUCUUGGCGGUGGGACUGAUUCUAUAUCGAUGCUUUCUUCUACAUCGAUUGAAAAAAGCACUGAUGCACAACAGCACUGA